CCGAUUGCUGCAGCCGCUUGUCAGUGUGACGAAGAUUGGCACCCAGGUUGCUGUCCUCUACAUUUAUACGUCAGUGGGAUAACUCUGCUGGAACACGAUCAUGUCAUCUUCAACCCAUUGAUGGAAAGGGAAUAUUUGUUCAUGCUUAUGAUGAUUUGAAGUAAACUUGUGUUUUAUUAACCAUGAUGGCAACACAGACAUUGAGUAUAGACAACUAUCAAGAUGGACAACAGAUGCAAGUUGUAACAGAGUUAAAAACUGAACAAGAUCCCAACUGCUCUGAAACUGAUGCGGAAGGGGUGAGUCCUGCCCCUGUAGAAUCUCAAACUCCAAUGGAUGCAGACAAGCAGGCCAUUUACAGGCACCCCCUAUUUCCCCUGUUAGCACUAUUAUUUGAAAAAUGUGAACAAUCUACACAAGGCUCAGAAGGCACAACUUCUGCUAGUUUUGAUGUAGAUAUUGAAAAUUUUGUAAGGAAGCAAGAGAAAGAAGGAAAACCCUUUUUCUGUGAAGACCCAGAAACUGAUAAUUUGAUGGUAAAAGCAAUCCAAGUUCUACGUAUCCAUCUACUUGAGCUAGAAAAGGUUAAUGAACUCUGCAAGGAUUUCUGUAGUCGUUAUAUUGCCUGCCUGAAGACAAAAAUGAACAGUGAAACUCUAUUAAGUGGAGAGCCUGGAAGUCCUUAUUCACCUGUGCAAUCUCAGCAAAUUCCAAGUGCCAUUGCAGGCACACUCAGUCCCCAAGGGAUUAUGGUGCCAGCAUCAGCAUUGCAGCAGGGAAAUGUAACUAUGGCAACAGUAGCAGGGGGUACAGUGUAUCAGCCAGUCACUGUAGUCACUCCACAAGGUCAAGUGGUGACACAAGCACUGUCACCUGGGACUAUUCGGAUCCAGAACUCUCAGCUUCAGUUGCAAUUAAACCAAGAUCUAGGCAUCUUGCAUCAAGAUGAUGGCUCAUCAAAAAAUAAAAGAGGAGUUCUUCCCAAGCAUGCUACGAAUGUGAUGAGAUCUUGGCUUUUUCAGCACAUAGGGCAUCCAUAUCCAACAGAGGAUGAGAAGAAACAGAUUGCAGCACAAACAAAUCUGACACUACUCCAAGUUAACAACUGGUUUAUCAAUGCUAGAAGGAGAAUUCUUCAGCCGAUGCUGGAUUCCAGUUGUUCUGAAACUCCAAAAACAAAGAAGAAAACAGCUCAGAACCGACCAGUUCAGAGGUUCUGGCCUGACUCUAUUGCCUCAGGAGUUGCUCAGCAGCAAUCUAAUGAACUCACAAUGUCAGAUGGUGCUGUUGUAACAAUCACAGCUCCAGUCAACAUGAAUGUAGACAGUCUCCAGUCUUUGUCAUCUGAUGGUGCUACUUUGGCUGUCCAGCAAGUUAUGAUGGCAGGACAAAGUGAGGAUGAGUCUGUAGACAGCGGUGAAGAUGAUGGAGGAGAUCUCUCAACAACAAAUAUCAGUGGGCUGGUCUUGGAUAACAGUGAUUCUCUGCAGUAGGAAGCAAGAGAGUGUGACAAAAUGUUUAGGGAAAAAAAAAAUGGACUGACUGACUGUUUUUAUAGUUUGCACAGCAAACAUUUUACACAAGUUUUAUUUCUAAUAUGUUUUAUAUGUAGAUAUAGAAGGGUGCACUUUUUUGUAUUUCCAUAGUAAGCUUAAAGAGUGUUUUUCCAGGUGCAGCAACUUCUUUCAAAUGUGGGGGGUUUUUGUUUUGUUUUUGUUUUUUUCAUUUCUGUUUCUUAGUUCUGAAAAUUAUAUCUAGUAAUAUAACGAACCACAUAAGCACCCCUUUGGUCUUUGAAUUGGAAGUGCUGCAAUUUCUCAAGAAUUCUGCAGUUUCCAUCAGUGCUGUAUUUUAACACAGCUCUUGAUGGGCAGGUGAUGUAAAUUUAAAGCAUGUGACACUAGUGUUUGGAACUUGAUCAUUAAGUUAGAUGCAUAUAUUUGAAAGAUGCUUCUGCACCUUAAAAACUGCUAGUCUGAGGUGGACAGCAACACAACAUAAAAAAAAGAAAACGUUGAUGUGUGAUCCAGUAGCGAAUGUAUGGCAAUUUAAAUAAGUUUAGUUUCUCUCAUAGUCCGUGAGCCUGUUUAUCAUUUGCUAUAAAAACUCCUAUUUUUACCUUGAUGGGGUUAUUGGAUAAAAAAUAUUUUUAUAAAUUCACUAGGAAUUGGGAUGAUGACUGUAUUAAGCAGGAGGGAGGAAAAGA